UCUAAAAUCCUAAUCUGUAAACCAGAAGUAAUAUAAUUUUUAUUUAAAAGUCCAACAAAGAAUUUUGCCUACAUUCACAUUUUAUACAGCUUGUGUGAUUUUCAUUCUACGGGACUAAACAGUGUUAUGUUAUGUUACAUGUUUGCGAGAAGGAAGGAAGCAGGCAGGCAGUAAGCUAGGAGCCAUCGAGCAGUCUGCUGCCUGUAUCAGUAGCGGGAUCCUGCUUUGUUCAAGAGUAGGCAGGGCUCACGACUCUGCUGUUGUAUUUCUAUACCAGUGUUGCCAGAUUACCUGCAUUUACUCUCCACCCAAAUCAGCUCACGGUUUUGCCUGUGGUGCGGGCAUUUCGACCAAAGGGAUGUCAAAGCGACUGCGAAGCAGAGAGGUCUGCGCUGACUGCAGUACUCCGGAACCACGCUGGGCUUCAAUCAACAGAGGUGUGCUCAUUUGUGACGAGUGCUGCAGUAUCCACCGUGGUCUGGGACGACACAGUUCCCAAGUGCGGCAUCUGACUCAUUCUUCAUGGCCUCCUUCUCAGUUACAGAUGGUGCAAACACUGUAUGGUAACGGGGCUAACUCCAUCUGGGAGCACACUCUUUUGGACCCCUCCUCCUCAGUCAGUGGAAAGCGCAAAGCCAACCCUCAAGAUCGAGUUCAUCCAAACAAGACUGAGUUCAUCAAGGCUAAAUAUCAGAUGCUGGCUUAUGUUCAUCGGAUGCCUUGUCGAGAAGAUGACAGUGUAACUGCCAAAGAUCUCAGCAAGCAACUCCAUUCAAGUGUUCGAACUGGAAAUCUGGAAACCUGCCUCAGACUCUUGUCCUUAGGAGCUCAGGCCAAUUUCUUCCAUCCAGAAAAAGGAAAUACUCCUCUACACAUAGCAGCAAAAGCUGGACAAAUUUUACAAGUAGAACUUUUGGCAGUUUAUGGAGCUGAUCCAGGUGCUUUGGACUCUUGUGGAAAGACACCAAUUGACUACGCAAGACAAGCUGGUCACCAUGAACUUGCAGAAAGACUUGUGGAAAUACAGUUUGAACUCACAGACCGCCUCACAUUUUAUCUUUGUGGUAGAAGACCAGAUCACAGAAAUGGGACACACUUUGUCAUUCCACAAAUGGCAGACAGUCUGGAUUUGUCAGAAUUAGCAAAAGCUGCAAAGAAGAAGCUCCAGUCGCUUAGUAAUCAUCAGUUUGAGGAACUUGCCAUGGAUGUCUAUGAUGAAGUGGAUAGAAGAGAAACAGAUGCAGUUUGGUUGGCAACACAAAACCACAGCACACUUGUCACAGACACAACAGUCGUACCGUUCCUGCCAGUUAAUCCAGAGUAUUCAUCUACUAGAAAUCAGGGUCGUCAGAAAUUGGCAAGGUUUAGUGCUCAUGAGUUUGCCACUCUUGUCAUUGAUAUUUUGACAGAUGCAAAACAUAGACAAUGGGGCAAUACCUGUGAAAGUCCAAAAGAAAAUGUAGAGCUGAUUCUUCAGGGAAUAAACAGUCGCCACAACAGUGAGAGCCAAGAUAAUGAUUAUGAUAGUGUUGCAUCAGAUGAAGACCCUGUACAAGAGGCAACCUGCAUUGACAGCUGUAAUGAUGGAAGGACCAAGAGUUCAGAAUCAUCGGACCUGUCAGAUGGACCAAUCACAGUUCAGGAGUUUAUGGAGGUCAAAAGUGCUCUCACAGCCUCUGAAGCAAAAAUACAACAGCUCCUCAAAGUCAACUGUCAUUUAAGUGAAGAACUGAGGGUUAUGCAAAGCAAGUUAAACUCCCUGCAGACUGAAAACACAACGCUAAAAUGGCAGGCUCCCAGUGGACAUCAACAGCCCCAGGGUCCCUUUGGUAGACAGCCGCUUCGGGGAGGCCGUGCUCUGUCCAUGUAUGAGACCGGAUCUAAUCUGCGACAGUACCCCCACCGCGCAGAACCAGCUCGGAGUGAGGAUGGAGUCAUUUUACAGCCCUUCCAAACUAAUAUUGGGAGGGGUCCUUUGGGGACGGCUGCUUCCUCCCUUCCUACCUUCCCCUCUUCCUUGUCCUGGUCGUGGGAUGAGAGAUCUCGAAGGGGCUGCAGCUUGGAAGGACAGAGUACAGUGAUGGAGAAUGACUAUGACUCUACACCAAAUCAUUCUGAGCUUGAAGAUGCUGGCAGUCCUCUACAAGCUAUAGACACUACUGACCCAGGAGUUGAGGAAGAUGGCACUUUGCCAUGCACUGAGGAUGUCAUCUGUAAGACAGAGCAAAUCACUAAAAAUAUACAAGAGCUUCUUCGUGCUGCCCAGGAAACAAAACAUGACAGCUUUCUGCCCUGUUCGGAGAAGAUCUGUCUGGCUGUGACAGAGAUGGCAGCCCUUUUUCCCAAGAGGCCUUCCUCAGAGACUGUUCGUGGCUCUCUGUGUCUGCUCACUUCCAGUGCUAGUCGUCUCCAUGGAGAGUGCCAGAAGGCUGCGGAGCAUUGCCCCUGUCCAUCAGACAUCCAGCUGGUCACUCAGCAGGUCAUCCAGUGUGCCUAUGACAUCGCCAAAGCUGCCAAGCAACUUGUCACUGUGACAACCAAAGAGAACAACAACUAAGUAAAGUAAUAUUUCUGCUACACACAAAGCAUACUAUACUUUGUGACAUAUAUACUAUAGUAUGCGUAAUUUACAUUUUGACUUUCCACUAACAUGUCAUAUUCCUAACUGGGCACAAUUUCAUUGUAAUUCCUCCUAAACAAUGGAUAUAAGGUUUGUUUGUUUUUCCUUGUGGAGGCACAAUGGUUAAAUGUUGAAUGUCAUUGUACAAAACUCAAACUCGGAGCUUUCACACAUUGCGUUACUUGAUGUUACGUGCUGUUGAGCCUCAGUUGACCAAUUGGAAAAAAUGCCAGUAUGUUAUUGCUACAGUGUUAUUUAUAUAAAAAUAACUAGUUCCAUAAAAAUACAAAAAAGUAAAAUGGCUUUCAGAGUUAUUAACUCACAUUUCAACUCAUGUGGUAUCUAUAGUUUAAGUAAUUCUCGGGAACAUUACCACAACCCGACAAUCACUAGAUGGUGAUCUCCUCAUCUAAAUUAAGAAUUUAUAAUCUUGGAGUUUAUUUGAAUUUUAACUGCCAUAUUCUGCAUUGGUGUUUAAACGUGUGGACCAUAAAGUAUAUUUUAAUCUGUUUUAAAUGUAUUAUGCAAAAUAUGUAUUAUGUAUUGUAAGUCUUAAGCAGAUACUACAAAUGUUAUUCUAUUUAUAAAUGUAUGUCAGACCUCUACAAAAUACCAGUGUUUAUUUUCAUAAGCUUUCUUUAACUUAAUGCCUCUCACAUUGUGAGAUUUGUGCUAGCUACCAGUUAAGUGUGGGCUCUGUGUAUAUGGUAUAGUGAUCCAACUUGCACCACUGUGGUUUACAAUCAGUGAUAAUGUCAACUUUAAACCUGUGACAAUUAUUGUAACGUGACUGACCCUGGUCAGAUUUCAACUACGAGUGGAAACAGGAAACACCUAUCAAUUAGUAAAUAUUUCAUUAUAAAAUUUUGCAAUUAUACAUGCACUCAAAGGCUCCUCUAAAGACCCGAUCGACUGCCCCAGUGCUUGUCUAUUGCCCCUUAAGUAGCCCAAUACAAAAUAAAGUCUUUAUUUUUCACAAUUGUUAUUUUAUGAAUAAAUUAAUAUAACAUUAGGGCUUGGUGUCUAUAUUAUUCCUUAAUGUCACUCAUGCUUCCUUUCUAAUUAGGCCUAUUGGAAAGUAUCCUAAUUUCUGUUAAUCUAAGUCCAUUACAAAUGUGAAGCAGCUUCGAUCCACGUGACGCAAAUUCCAAUAAAUGGGUAAUACUAUAAUUAAAUAGACAUGUUUCCGCACCUGGUUGAACCUGUCAUGUGUAAUUUCAAACCCAUCACAGUCCCUGCCUUAGUCUGAAUAAAGUGCUGCAGCCUCCCC